UAAAUGACAUAUAUGACAUGAGUGUUUCGCUUGGAUCUAGGUAUUGAAAAGCUUGCAAUUGUCGAAAUGCAUUCCCGGACUAUUGGAAAGUUGGAAAUGCUGAUUAUGACGGGUCUGCAGGAAACACGGCCGCAUAGAUUUGAAGCCGCACUAUAUUUUCUGUACAUCAGUAUUUAUACCACCGCUCCCAUCGGUAUUCCAUACAUACAUUCCGUCGAUACUUUUCAAUUUCCUGAAGCAGUGAGAUUGAACUGAAAGAAACUUUGAAUGCGGCGUUUAUGAGAACCGCCCAAAUGUUGGACUUAUUGAUUUUAUGUUCCCUCGACUGCCCAUGGUCGGCGGAAAGACUACUUCAACUGCAAUCGCAUGAGAUAUUCGAAUAUGUUUCUAUACAUUUCGUUAUCAACAAGGUCAAGGGGAAAACUGAGAAGGAAUUAUUCGGUUUCUAGAAAUGUGAAUAAGUGAAUGGGUUGUUACUUAGAGCCGCAUAAGUUCGACCUAGAUAUGAAGCCACAAAGGUACAUUCCUCUCCGCUUCCAUCAAUCUACCAUAGAGAUAGAAACGCGAGGAAUGCGGGGUCUAAAAAUAGAGAACUUUCGUGUCCUUUAUUCUGACUUUUGGGCUUUGGUUAUUUCAGAAAAAGUUGACAUUGCCGACAUCUACAAAAAUUGUCAUUGAACAAGAUAUUACCAGAGUCAUGAGUAGACGUCCUAUUAGAGAUGCUGUUAAUGGGAUCAUUGGAUUUGGCACCGAUGCAUACGCCUCAUACAAAGAUAAGAAAGCCAAUCCGGGAAAGACCAUAGAAGCUAGCGACCAGAAAGAAAAAAUUCCAGAUGCUUCGGCUGCUCCAUCUAAUAGCGAUGAAACUGUCUCCAAUGUCCAUGGAUACGAAAGUUACGAUGAAGAUGACGAAGGCGAUUGGAUUAGAGACGAUACACAAGCCGAAUUGUCUCCAUAUGAUCAGGAAGUGGUGGAUGAACCUGAGAGUGUAAAGCAAAUACUCGGAGACUUCACUAAACAACAUCCUGAUUCAUCUUCGUCUACACAAGGAAAGAUAAAACAAGGGUUGCCUGUCCCAGUAAUUAUUCCAGAACGAAGACCGGGAUCUAAACAUCGAGGAUUCGUGAGGGCCUAUGCUCCUGUAUUGAUGGAUUGUGGCAUUGAUCAGGAUACUUUCAUGGAUUUUCUGGUAGGAUUCGAGGCUUCUAUCAAGGUACGGCUUGUUUGGCGAUUCAUAAUGUGAUAAUAUGAUCGUUUGUUUAUGAUCGCUAACAAAUUAUGAAGGCAUCACCAUAUUUUCAUGUAGUCAAUUUGGCCGUGGCUGCAAGUGUGAUGGCUGAAGGAAUCGCUGUAGCCCCGAGCAUUAUUGUUCAUGCUGCUGCAUUUGCAGUGCAUACCAGUAUUGAGUUUGGUAGAAGGGCAUAUAUGUCUAAAGAGUACGUUCUGUCUGAUCCAUUAAUCGUCAAGCUGGGAGGUAUGAAUCUAAUUCUACCCCCUAGACAAAACAAAUACCUCCAGGGGAUGAAUGAGAAACUCUUCAAGCCAUACGGACUUUAUGCUAUGCUUAUGACUUGGAAACCAGCUCUCUCUUCGAAUCCUCAACCGUUUGUCUCUACUGUUGAUAUGAACACCAAAAUAGUCACAUCUGUUGCUUCACGUGAGGUUCAAGGCCGCAGUGGCCUACACUCUACCAGUGGUAAAACAAUCGGACAGUCGCAGAUGCCGGAAAGUGCGGAACUAGUCUUUCCAUUACUGGAAAAGGCAAGUGAUGAACAAAAAGAGAAUGCUAUGAAGAAAGCAGGAGUGUGGUUUGGAGAAUGGAGGGAUAAGAGAAGCACAGCAAAAUUUGUAUGUUUUUGCGUCAUUUUCAUCUCAAGAUAGUUUUACGUUUUAUUCCAUCGUAUUUGUAUGGGAAGAGUGUCUAACUUGCUUUAACAGGCAUACGAAAGUCCUUCAACAACAUUGGCAACUAACGCAGGCGAACCUCAAAUACCCUCAUCACGCUGGGCUGAUCCAUCUCACCCUGUCAAUCAAGGUGGAAUAAUCGGAGUAUUGUCUGGUGGUCACCUAGGGCGAGCUGCCAGGAAAGAGAGAAGGCGUGAAAGAAAAGGUUUGACGAAGGAUGAAAAUCCCAAACCUCAGAGGAUAGGAAUCUUAAGGACGGCAAAGAGGAGGCUUCACGAGGUAAGUCGAUUUCCCUGGGUGAGAAUUAUCAUAUACUGGUAUACUCAUGUGGUUGUAGGAUGUGUUGUAUCUCAUGAUCGUCAAUAUGCCCUCCGACGAGGAAAUGAAGAUUGCUGCGAACAUGGCAAAGGAUAAGAAAGCAUAAGCUCUAGAGCGAUUUGUUAUUACAACGAUUCUUUUCCCUGAAGCCACCAUACGUACCUGAAGUUAUUGUUUUACUAGAGCUAUCGGUACAUUUGUUUCGAGUGCAUCUACCCAGUCCUCUAUUUCCUUUAUGCAGCUCUCAAUACUGGAAAAUUUGCAUGCAAAUUCAAGCUCCCUCUUUGUUUUCCCUAGAAUGAUCUCUUCUUUCCAAGCUACUACCCUCUUUGCCAUCUCGUCGUCA